CUCGUUUUUCUGGAUUCCAGCCCCCGCACACCCCAGAUCCCACCCUCCUUUUUGCCGGCGGCGCUCCGUCCCCAGAUCCCACCCUCCUUCUUCUUCUUCUUGCCGGCGGCGCUCCGUCCUCAGAUCCCACCCUCCUUCUUGCCGGCGGCGCUCCAUCCCCGAAGGACCUGUUUCUACUCCGUUUCCUGGUCGCCGCUACUCGAUUCGUGGCGCAGGUGGAGGUAGCUCACUCAUGGCCAGGACCGCGAUGGGUCGCCGGCGGCGUCCGGACCGGAUCAGCGCCCUCUCCGACGAUCUCCUCCUUUUGGUCCUGCGCCGCCUCGACAUCCGGACGGCGGUCGGCACCACGGCGCUCUCCAGGCGCUGGGCUUGCCUCCGCGGCGAGCUCCCCAUCCUCGACUUGAGUGUCGACGCGAUGCUCCCGCCGCGCUACCACCGCUGGGUCCAGCUCCACGGCGUCGUCGGGAAAGGUGGUGGUUUCCAGUACGACCUGCGUCAAGUGUCAAGAGAGCUGAUGCCCAACAUCAGGAGGUACGAGCAUCGCGCCAUGCGCGCUUUGACCAGGUCCGUCCAGAGCUUCUUGGACGCUGGAACCGCCGGCCGCCGGAGGAGGAUCAGUAGGCUGAGGCUCGAGUUCUUCGUCACCCCACAAAGCACCGAAUGCAUGAAUCGGCUUAUAGUCGAGGCCAUGGAUGCUUGUGGGGUGGAUGACCUCCAAGUUGUUGCUAAGCCAAUUUUCUGGCGACGAGGCGCAGUCCACACCUUCGCCAGCCAUGGCCUCUGCAAGGAGUCCAGUGCGUCACGCCUGCAAAGCCUCAAGCUUGGUGGCUGCAUGAUCCCGCCGCUGCACGAGUACGGUGCGCUCACUAGGCUCGUCCUGCAGGACAUACCUAAAUCGACGCCCGUGGCAACCUACCAGGGGGUCUUCACCUCUUGCCAGCAGCUGCAGGUGCUGCAUCUCAUCUCCUGCCGGUGCAGCGGCGGGGUGAUAUUCGUGGACGCCCCCAUGUCAAAAAUCAAGGAGCUCGUUGUGGAUGACUGCAGAUUCACACAGUUACGUCUAAGGGCUCUGCCCAAUCUCGAGAGCCUAGCCUCCCUCUCCCUGGGACCUACGGUGUUCCUCGAGUCCGCCUCCUUCCCUUGUCUCAGAAAAUUUAACCUCACCUCAUGCCUCGGCGUGACAAUGCAAGGAUUUCGCGAAUACCUGAAGCGACACUGGAAGAUAGACCAUGAGUCGCUUCUCGAAAACAUGCCAGAAAUAUCGAGUCUGAUUGUCAGGAUCAGUGGACCUUACAGAUGGAUCGUGCCGUCCCCGUCGACGACGAUGUUGUUGCCUAACCUGAGGCGGUUGCUGGUCGCCGACGUGCCUUCGUCCUGGGACGUCUCAUGGCCCCGCCUCCUGCUUGAGACGGCGCCUUCCCUGGAGGUCCUCCACCUUCACAUUGCCGCCACUUGCACAGAAGAUGAGCCCAGUGACAACAUACGCUGGAAACCAACCACGCUUCUCCGUCACCAGCACCUGGAAGAGUUUGUGAUGGUUGGUUACGAGGGAACAGAGAGGCAGAUUUACCUUGUCAAGUUUGUAGUGGGAGUAUGCACAUUGUUGCGCCAGGUCUCCAUCUUCAAGAACGGGCAUGCUCGCAACAAGGGGCACUGGGACUGGGAGUUGGUGACGCAGCAACAUUCCUGGACUGACCAGGAGAAGGACAACACAGUGAAGCACAUCAUGGAUGGGGUUUCUCCUUUGUCACCUGCUGCUCCGGUUAAACUAGUUUUUGGCUGAGUUUUCUCAUGUUUGUGCUUGACCUGCAACCAUCUAGUUUUCUCCGGUGCAAGUUGCUUAUAGAAUGUUGUAUUUCAUAUUACUGCACAACUCCCUGAGAUAUUCGAUAGGACAACAUUAUCCAUGCAGAUUCUAGAGUGGAGCUUUGGUUCCUAUGAGAGUAAGAGCGUUUUAUUCAUUCUUUCUUUUAAAAUUGUUAUUCAGCGUAUGAUUGUAAUGGUGUGUUUUAUUUAUUCAACGUCUUUUGCA